GGGCGGUGCUGCUGUGCCGGCGGAGAUAUCAAAAUGAGUUCCAUGCUGACCCAUGCCAUCAGAAACCUCCCUGCUUCCUCAGCAUGGGCUGCCAGGGUCUUUGCUCGAUCACUGAGCUGCUCUUCACCGUUACAAGCUGCAGCCCAGCCUAAGAGUAAGAAGACCUUAGCCAAAAGUGGCACGAAGAAUAUCGUUGUGGUAGAUGGUGUCCGUAUUCCAUUUUUGCAGUCUGGCACCUCGUAUGCGGAUCUUAUGCCACAUGACUUAGCAAGAGCAGCACUGCAGGGGUUGCUGAACCGGACCAGUGUCCCAAAGGAUGCUGUUGAUUACAUUGUUUAUGGCACAGUUAUCCAGGAGGUGAAAACGAGUAAUGUUGCCAGAGAGGCUGCCUUGGGAGCAGGUUUCUCAGACAAAACUCCAGCCCACACAGUCACCAUGGCUUGCAUUUCUUCAAACCAGGCUAUGACCACAGGCGUGGGUAUGAUUGCAGCUGGACAGUGCGAUGUUGUGGUAGCUGGGGGUGUGGAGUUAAUGUCAGAUGUUCCCAUUCGUCACAGUAGGAAGAUGAGGAAGACUAUGCUGACUCUUAACCGAGCCAAGACGUUAGGCCAAAAGCUCUCCCUGAUUUCCAAAAUUCGCCCUGACUACUUCGCUCCUGAGCUCCCAGCUGUGGCAGAGUUCUCCACCAGUGAGACUAUGGGGCACUCCGCUGAUCGUUUGGCUGCUGCCUUUGCCAUUUCCCGUUUGGAGCAAGAUGAGUAUGCCCUCCGUUCACACACACUAGCUAAGAAAGCCCAGGAUGGAGGCUUGCUACUUGAUGUGGUACCCUUCAAAGUGCCAGGCAAAGAUACAGUUACCAAAGACAAUGGGAUCCGUCCUUCCUCACUUGAGCAGAUGGGCAAGCUGAAGCCAGCUUUUGUCAAGCCCUAUGGAACCGUCACAGCUGCCAACUCCUCCUUCCUGACGGAUGGUGCUUCAGCAGUUCUGCUCAUGUCUGAGGAGAAGGCUCUGGCAAUGGGAUACAAACCAAAGGCCUACCUAAGGGACUUUGUGUAUGUGUCCCAAGAUCCAAAGGACCAGCUGCUUCUGGGUCCAACAUAUGCUACUUCCAAAGUGCUAGAGAAGGCUGGUCUAACCAUGGCUGAUAUUGAUGUGUUUGAAUUCCACGAAGCUUUUGCUGGGCAGAUACUGGCUAACCUGAAAGCUAUGGAUUCGGACUGGUUUGCACAAAACUACAUGGGCAAAAAGUCAAAGGUUGGAGUUCCUCCUAUGGAGAAGUUCAAUAACUGGGGUGGCUCCCUCUCACUGGGACAUCCUUUUGCUGCCACCGGCUGCCGUCUUGUAAUUACUGCUGCCCAUAGGUUGAGGAAGGAGGGAGGACAAUACGGCCUGGUUGCUGCCUGUGCUGCAGGAGGGCAGGGGCACGCGAUGUUAGUGGAGCUUUACCCUCAGUAAUGGGACAAGGGACUGCUGAGCAGGUUAUUCAUACGUCCUGUGCCUGGCAAUGCCAUUUCAAUGCACUAAUAAAAACAUACAUACAGUCCUUCUCAGAAA